GAGUCAGAAUUUAACAUCGCGUCGGUAUUAUUUCAGCCCCACGGCGGCUUGUUUAAGACGUAGUUGUACCUGUGUAGAAGGAGAUCGACUGUACGGUAAAAGAGAAAAACUACUUUUGGACAUUGUCAAAGGAAAUGGCUGCUCGAGAAGGUGGGGCUGCUCGUGAAGGUGGGGGCGAUCGUGAAGGUGGGGCUGAUCGUGAAGGUGGGGCUGAUCGUGAAAGUGGGGCUGAUCGUGAAGGUGGGGCUGAUCGUGAAGGUGGAGCGCUGCGAUGGGCAAGGGAAAUGCCACUGCAGGACCUUAUUGAUGAAAUCUGUACAACAGGUGAAGAAAUCACCACAAGUCAGCUGACUCGUAUACAGCAAUAUCUCAUUGGGGAACAUGGCUGUUCUGCAGAUGAAAUCACCAAAUUCGACAAGCCAGUACAUUUCUUCGGACAUCUCCGUGAGAAGAAGUUCAUCUCCUUCGCUAACCUGGCCUUUUUUCAAGCUGUCCUCACACGAAUUGAAAGACAGGAUCUCUGUGACAUUGUUUCAGAAUUUGCCCGGAACCAUUCAGACGACGCGCUGUAUCUUGAAGUUUCCAAAAUUGAUGAAGGAAGUAAUGCCAGGGUCAAUUUACAUGUACGGAAGACUCUCACUAAGAGAAACGAAGUUGACACGAUUGUAAAGAGCUUGGCCAGUUGUCUGAACAUUCCCUCCGAGUCUAUCCGGGUGAUGGGGGCCGAGGCAACAAACAGUUACCGCUUGACUCUGUACAUCCCCGCCAGGUACAGAGAUCGCCUUGUGGACAAGCACAUGCUCAACCAUCUGAUGAAGGUCGACAUUGACGAGGUGGAAGUGGAUGGGGAGACUAUCAAGCUUACCCCAGAAGAUAGGAAUUAGGACAAACACACUACAUUUGCUUGAUUGUAAAGACACAUACGACUUUUAUUGUAUAUGAGUGGUAAAAUGCCUUGUCGUUAUUGUCGAGCGAAGAGGUAAUGAAUUACUGCAUUGAGCCGCAUCAAGUUUGCAGCUUUACUCGGCGAGCCGCAUUAACAAUAGCGAAGAAGUUAACUAAAAA